AUGAUGGGUGAGGUCGGGAAGGGCGUUAGUCAGUCCGGGGGCUUAAUUGACUUCGCACUUACAUCGGCUAUCGCAGGGCGGCGAGGAUCUGCGCAGCGUCAAAGCCCUCCGGAGCCUGGCGUACGUCAGGAAGAGGUCGAGGAUCGUUCCAUUGGGUGUUCUAUUGUGAAUGGGAGGGGGUUUGGAAAUGGACUGUCAUGA